UGCUAAAUAGCAAGUAUACUAAAUACUAAACUAUGUUGUAAUUCUUCCCAGUUAUCACCAGGUGGCAACAUCAGAACCGUAAAAGUCUCAUUUUUCUGAAGCAGAAGACUUUCGGAUAGAAGGAAGUGAUGUGUCCCUUUGCAGUCAUUUCAGGAAACAGUAAAUUACAUUGUCCGGCAAGGUUCAGGUUUCUGUCCAACUUUGUCAUUUGUGUGCAGAGCUACAGCUACUACUGAAGAUACUAAAUGUUAAGCUUUCUGGUUUCCAUUUAACUUGUAUCAUUUAAUUUCAUUGCUUUUUUUUUUUUUUUUUUCAAAAACUUGGGUUGUUGAGAAUUCAUGAUGAAGAGCCUUUUUUUGUGUCUCUUACUAGGCUCUAUUCUGUUUAUGAACAACUUUUCAGAAGUGCAAGGAAGAAAAUGGAAAGGUGAAGGUACAACACAAAACCUGGAAAGCAUAACCAUUGGAAGGUGUUAUGACUAUAUUAGAGUUGUGAAUCCUGCUGUUGGUGAGAAGAACUGUUCGGAGUUAUGGGAAGCCUUUAAAAAUGCUUUUAUUAACAAGGAUCCUUGCAACAUUCUACCUCAAGACUUCGAAUUAUUUUUCAAACUGUCAUUGCAUGCAAUUCCCGCUGGCAAGUCUCUCUUCUGGGAAAACAAUCAGCUACUAGUCAAUAGCUUUUCUAGCAGAGCUCGUCGCUACAUGACUCUUGGUGAUACUCUGUUUGGCUUCUUCGGAGAUUUUCUAAACUGGUGUGGGCAGGAAAACAGCACUGGACUGGACUAUGAAUCCUGCCCUACUGCAGAAGAAUGUGAAAACAAUGCAGUGGAUGCUUUCUGGAGGAUGGCUUCGAUGACUUAUGCACAACACAGCUCUGGGGUGAUACAUGUCUUGUUGAAUGGUUCUGCAGAAGGAGGAGCUUAUCCAGUCAAAGGUUUUUUUGCAGAUUAUGAAAUACCUUAUCUCCAGAGAGACAAGAUCUCACAAAUAGUCAUCUGGGUUGUGGAUGAUAUUGAAGGACCGAAUACAGAUUCCUGUGGAUAUAAUACUGUACGGAUAUUAGAAGACAGGCUGAAAGCCCUUGGUUAUGAUGUCACCUGCACUGACAAUUACAAGCCUGUAAUGUUCUUACUCUGCUUGGAUAAUCCCGAUCAUUCCAAGUGUACCCUUUCAUCAUCUGCACCAGCAGCACAAAGAGGACCUAUAUCUUCAGACAGAGGAGGCAGCUGGAACAAGCUCAUGUUUGUUUCUUUUGUAGGCUUUUUGUUCAGAUCUGCUUUAGUGCACUAAGUGAAUAGACUGAAUCCAUAUCCUCUCUUGACUUUGCUGGCUUUAAUUAAUUUCUAACCACAGUUUCAUCCAAGUUCUGGGAUUGGCAAACGUGCAUGUUAAAACCCUGCAUGCUUCUAUCCAGAUUUCGACUACUAAUAGUAUAAAAAAAAUUCUGCUGCUGUUAGAAAGCCUCCUUUCCUUUUCUUGUACAGAAGAACUCCUUUGCUAUUUCCUAUUAUCCAAAUUCUCUAGAAUGAAACUGAGAAUAAUACUUUCUCUCAGUUCAUAUAUUUCAGGAAGAAAAGCAAAAUUAUGCCCAUCAUACAACUCUCAAACAACUAAAGCAGUCCUAGUAUUUUGGCCUUGAAAUGCUGGACUGCUGUGUUUUGAGGUGGGCAAAUGGGAGCAGGAAUUAGGAUUUCAAGUGGGAAAGCUUAAGAUGAUUUACCUGAUAGAAAAUAUAAUAGGUGAGAUACUGGGAAAAAUUAAACUCAUUUUCUUGAAUAGUCUAGUAUUCGAGUCAAACUUAACUGAAACUAUUAUAGUGAUGUGAUAGUUACAGGGCAUGCAAGACACACAUACUUAGUGCAGUAUUUUGCCACAUGCUUUCAACUGCUUUGUCAUCCACACAGCUGUUCCUCAGCUGACUAUUUCCUGGCCAUGGGAUAACCAGCAGUAUGGUCAGCAUCACCACAUCUGGAAGGCUCCACGGGUCUUCCGCCAUGAUGUGAGGGAGUAGAUUUAUAGCAUACCAAAUUCAGACAAGAAUCUACCUGUCUGUAUUCAGUGGACUCACUUAGCGUGUUUCAGAACAAACUGAGAAGACAGUAGCUGCUAUUUUGAAGUUCUCUUGAGUUGCCUCUGUGAGUUAUCUAAGUGUUCCAGGUAGACGUUCAUCUGGACAACCAAGCCACCCAGCUACGAGAUGACACAUAAAUCUUCAGAAAACAAACCAGUUGUUCUUCUAGAAAAUAAUCAGAAUUUUACUGCGCAUUCUCUGUUAGCUUCCAUGUUAUUUGUGUCUGUAUUAGCUGAUUGCCAGGAAACUAGGAUAGAAUGGUCCUGUUAUCUCAGUGCUUGUGAUUUAGGACUUUUAUAGUAGAUUGCAUGUUUGAAAGUUAUAAUAUCUGAAAUACAUUAUUGUUGCUUAUUUGUCUGGUUUCCAUUCCCACAAUAAUCUUUAAAUUGAUUCCACUGCAAAUCCCUUUAUACUACACAUGGAGUUGCAUGUGCCUGUGACAGGGUUGGAUUAGGGCUCAGGCUCUUAGGAAUUAUGUGUAUUUCAGAAACUCGAAAAAGUACUGACAUUAGGCUAUAAAGUGCAUGAGAGACCCGUGGACACUUGUCCAAGACCUGUUCUGGUCUAGUAUUGUUCUAGCCAAUGACACAAAUACUGUAGUGAUUCAAAGAGUAGCUAAAUACCAUUAACAAGGCAUGUGCCUCACAGACAGCUGCCAUUCACACGCUGACCAUCCCAGCUGGCCAACUUUUGCUCCCCAGCCUAUGGAAGCCUUUCAGCCUCUGGAUGCUUCCUAUUUCAGAAAUGCAGUCAAGACUGGCAGUUAUGAAUGAAAGGAAACACACUGUAGGAAUUGAUAAAUAAUUAUGUUUUGAAAAACCCACAAAAUACGUAGCAGGAUAGAUAUGAUUCCAUUAACUUGAGGUUAUUUACUACAUAACUUUAUGUCAAGACCAACAUACUCAGAAACCUCUUGCACUGUUUUCUCAUUUCUAAUAUUCUUGCACUCUUUCCCAUUACAUCAACUCAGCAGCAAAGGCAGCAGUUAUUUUUUUUCCAGUAUCUUUUGAAUAAAGUGCCUCAAACUUGUUGGAAAAGCUUGGGAAUAUCUGUAGAGAUUUUUAGCAAACCAGCAAAUGUAGCUGGGAAAAGAAGGCAAAGUUUUAGAUGCACAGACUUCCUCCGAUCUUAAACACAGCAAAUUUCAAGCUGAGUAUGGACAUGUUGUUCUGAGUUAAAUGUAAUUGUUUUAAUUAAUGUGGAAGAACAGUGUAGCCAGCAUCUGAAGCAGCGGGGCAGAAGUGUUAGCAAAGUGAGAAACAAUGAGGUCGUUUGUUACUCCCUGGGGGAGGGAGAGAUGUUAAAAAGUUGUGAGCAAGAAAAUCCCUUCUCUCUCCUUCUCUAUUUCUACAACUACACAGUAGGUGCAUAGUGCUUAACACUUGGUGAAUGCUCUGAUUAACAACGCCUCAUAAUGUCUGAAUGCCUGCUAAUGUUCAGCAGGGCGGAUUCAAAAUGUUCGAUCAUUCAUACUUUGUACUAGCAGUGCUGGAGAUAACAGCUGUCUCCAGACCUGGAACUGCAUUUUGAGGGGGAAAAUGUUUCAAGGGGAAAAUAUUUCUUAUGAAGACAUCAUAUCUAUCGCUUCAUUUUGAAUCUAGUUUGAUGCCACUAUUCAGAGCAGAUCUGUUAAUACCCAACUACUCAUGGCAAAUGACAGUAUCACAUACCAUGGCAUCAUAGGGUGCUUUGCAUUUAUGCGGAUAAACCCGUGGAAGCUACUGAUACUAAUUCAGUAUUUCCUGUCAUUGCCCAUUUUUUGGACCACUUGAAGACUCAACUGUGUCACAUUCUUCAUUACCACAAGGAAGUAAACAUCCCUUCUGUUAACCUAUUUUGUUUCUGCUGCAUGUGUUCCCGUUGUUGUAUCUGACGAAAACAGAACUGUAAUUCAGAAUAAUUCAUUUUAUCAGCAUGUAUGUGCAUGAACACAAAUACAUCUGCUCAUGUCUGCUCUGCCUGCUUUUAAAUGCAAACUGUCGAGUGCUUUGGAGUGAGAAUUAAUGCGAAUAAAGCAAGGACAACUUGUUUACCUCUCUGCCCUUUUAA